GAUGGCACCCUGGCGACGGAGCCGCGUGCCGCCCUCACUGACUCACGCUCUCAUUCACAGCUCCUCUCCCUCAUCCUUGCCCGCUGACCUCCAUCUCUCCUCCCCUCGCUCCUUCCCCUGCCCGCGCGAGGUGUUCCCCCUCCCCCUUCCCUUCCCCCGCGUGGCAUGGUGUUUGGGAGGGGCUGCGCUGCUCACUGCCAACAAGUGGGUGACGACCUUGUGUAGGCGCCGCGGCGUGCCUUGGGCGUGAGGUGUUCAGGUUGACCCUCACCCCCACUCCCUCAACCUUCCCUCGCCCACGCAUGCCACCCGCCGCCCACCGCCGGAAGCCUGGGAUGCCUUGCGUGCCCUGUGGGUGGAGCGUUGAGGGCGGCGCGGGCAGGGUGCCAGCCAGCGUGGAUGGCACCCGGCUGGUGACAGUAAACAACGCCAGUACUCCCUCAGUGUGUUCCUUUGCAGCAGACUGUAGCUGGAGGGCAGGUACUGGUCACCUGCCGUUAAUGAAGGAGGCGGUGGCGUGGCCCGCGUGUAGUGUAGGAGUGAGGACGAGCAGCCAUCACCCGGACCCGCUCAGGCGCGGCUAGCGGAGAGUGCAAGACUGAAGCCGCCCCCCGCCACCUGUGCCGCUGCUUGCCGCCCCAGCGGGCAAUGCAGGACGUGCGCGAUCCCCUCGCCCAGGGGCCCCCGCCUGACGUGGGCGGGGGUGCUGGGCCGCCGCCGCCUGCUGGGCAGGAGGACGCCCCUCCUUUGAAGACGGAGACCCAGUCAUCGGAAGAGGAGUCUUCCUCCUCGUCGUCCCCGAUAAGAGAGAAACCGCAGCAACAGGCGCCCUCUGUUACGAGCGGCAAGCCGCAGGCCGGACCAUCUGGGCACCAAGGCGCCGUGCCCGAGGGCGCCGCGCCGCCGGCGCCGUCCACGCUCCACAAGGUGGAGCAGCCUGUGCACUACAAUGGGGCGAGCAGUCGGGUAAUGUCUCCCAGGGAGCCGACUCCUCGCCCCGCCCAUCACCACCACCACCACCACAACCCGGGCUCCCCGCCAGCACCCCAUCACCGCCCCUCCCUCAGGGUGCCUCCCCCGCCUGUACAGGUGCCUGGCCCGCGCCCCAUGAUGCCGGGCAUGGUGAGGCAGCCCGUGCCACAAGUCCAGCCGCCGCACAUGAUGCCACCUCUCAUCAUGAUGCCGCCCCCCGGCCAGCAGCCCAGGCCCCAGAUGAUGCCCCAUGCUGCCCCGCUGCCGCCCCCGCCUCUUCGUUACCAGGAUCCGCCUGCCCCGCUGCCUCCCAGGGAGGGAGCUCCUCAGUAUUCACGGCAGGAGUCCGCCGAGGACGUCCCUGAGGGAGCCGCUGCCCCUUACCCUCCUCAGGCGCGCCCCCCACGCCGCCACACUGGCACCUUGAGGAUAUCAAAGUGGGUCAACCCAAUCCCUCCUGACCCAGACGACGGGCAGCAGCAGGUGGGAGAGCAGGAGCUGGCCACCAAGAUGCUACAGAUCCAAAGCAAGAGGUUCUACAUAGACGUCAAACAGAACAGACGUGGCAGGUUCAUGAAGGUAGCAGAGAUCGGUGCUGACGGCAGAAGAAACCAAGUGUUCCUUGCCCUCUCCACAGCGGCAGAGUUCCGGGAUCAUUUAUCGCUAUUUAGUGAUUUUUAUGCUAAUUUAGUUCCCCGGUCAGGUCCACCAAACCCCGACACUUUACCAGAGGACGGCAAACUCAAGUCCGAGACCAUGGUGAAGGACAACAGAAGGUACUACUUGGACCUGAAGGAGAAUUCCAGAGGGCGCUUCCUUAGGGUGAGUUGUGUAUCACAGACAAUAGCCCGGGGUGGGCCGAGGUGCCAGAUCGCCAUCCCUGCCCAGGGCAUGAUAGAGUUCCGUGAUGCCCUGCAGGAGUUGCUCGAUGAGUUUGGUACAGACGACGGAGGUUACAAAGGGGAACUGCCUGAAGGUCGCCACAUGCGAGUAGAGAACAAGAACUUUUAUUUUGACAUAGGCCAGAAUAACAGGGGAAUUUAUAUGCGUAUAUCUGAGGUCAAGACCAACUUCAGGACUGCCAUCACUAUCCCUGAGAAAUCCUGGUCAAGGUUUCGAGACAUAUUUGCAGACUAUGUAGACAAAAUGAAGGAUGGUGGAGAGAAGGGACCCAGUGAGAGUAAUAAAUGAGUGGCGUGGCAGUGCUAGGUACACUAAAGGAUUGACUGGUGAGACGCCCGGCCUGUGGGGACGGCCACCGGUGCCGGCCGCUACCUCUGUGGAGCCCUGGCUCUUGUCUGGCCCUCCUCCUGGCCAGCUCCUGCUCCCACCACAAACUGCCAAGCUCCUCCCAGUCAAAACUUGUAUAAAGUGUAAAGAAAAGUCUAUAACCAGAGUCGUAUAUUGUAUAGCUUACGGACACCUUGCGGCCACCAGUGAGAAUGGAAAAUCUGGGACUUCUGUUGUCAGAAGGAAAGAGAUUAAUUGUCCUUGGUAGACUUCCACAGACAUAGAAAAUGGACUUAUAGGCGAAUAAAUGUAAGUGAUUCACGUAAUGAUCUAGAAGACUCUGUGUCACGCUGGGCGGCACGUGGCGCCGCCUGCCACACAUGCAGCAUCACAAGGACUUGCCACAUGGGCUUUUUCACAUGGCUGCCAGUGAGUCACGGGCAAACUUGGGGUGCGGAGGCUCUCGGCCCAAACGGGUGAGGCUCGCAGCAGACUACACAGACAGUUGCCCGUGAAAGUCAUGGUAAUUUGUCAAACUGUUGAUGCUACAGUGUGAGGCCACACCAGGCCGGUGCCCAUUGCGCAGUGUGGUGGAGACAAGCCUUGGAGUGAUGCCCCGCUGCCCGCCCACACACCUGCCGUGCCACACCCUUCAGAGGCACUGGCCUGCAUUGCCACAGCCAGAGUGCCAGGUGGGAGGGGCAGGACAGGUGUGUUGGGGCGGGUGGUGGUCCUGUGCCGCCGUCCCACCGCGGACUGACCUCACCAGCCACUGCCACCAGUUGUCAUGUUGUCUUUCAUCGCCACUACCCAACCUAGAAGCAGAUGGCGUCCCAGCAGGAGAAACGAUGCAGCACCCGCGGAGAGCCAGCCCGACGGGGCAGGGACGGUGCGCGUUGCAUGUCCUCCCCAGAGGUGGCCUACAUACGACGUCCGGUGGCCAGACCAAGUGGCAAAGUACCGUCCUGUCCCCCCGUGCUGCCUGCCUGCCUUGCUGGACGACCCUCAAGCCUCCAUAGGCUCCCACCCAACUUGCCAACAGUGCCCCGCCCUGGCCCCGGCCUGGCCUCCUCCUCCCUUGCCAGCCAGACAUUCUGCAGCUCUUAGGAGUGGUGGCGUGGACGUCCCUGGUAACCUGUCCCAGUCGUGCCGGGAAUCGUACCACUGGAGGGCCAGCAGCACCCCCUUUGCCACAGGGCCAGAACUGGCCAGUGCUGGAGCCAGACUGGGCACCAUCAAAAUUCACCGACUUCCUCCCCCCCUCCCCCGAAGACUGAAACCUCAAGUCAGGACACAUCACACUUUGUUUACUUACUUUGUAAAAUGAUUUGCUAUAGAUAGAGACUUAACUAGUAUGUGAAUUAUCUUGCUGUAGAGUCUUGUCAUGCUUCUCCUAAGUGCAGAGUUCAGGAUGGCAGUGGUGGACCAUACGCUUCAUGAAACAUUAGUGUUGGAUGACAAAUUCAAACUCACCCCAAUUCCUCAUAUCAAGGCAUUCUAUCUGGUGGACCGAGGAGAGGCUCACUCCGCUGGUGCAUUUGGAGGGAGCACGACAGGCCCACAAGCAAGGAUGAUUGACACAGCUUUAAUAGUAACAGAAUAGGAAAGAAAAUGGAACUUUACAUACAUCUAUAAUUGAUACUGGGAGUUUUUUUGUGAAGAAGAUUUAUGUAACUAAUCAUGUUAUUUAUAUGAAUGAUCACUUUCUACAUAAAACUGUAAAAACUGUUUGGUAGGGUGUUGGCCUCGUGUAAUGAGCUGGUAACAAUGUUUGGUCUGGUCCUGGCCAUGGCCAGCCUCCUGCUGUGGGCACCACCAACCCAGACCAUUUCUCUUUGGCUGAUUUUCUUAAGAGCAUCCUUGACUGGUCUGCAGUCUGUUGUGUGUGUGCUUAUUUCUCGAGUAUUUUCCUUUGUUCUUCCUCUUCCUGAGGUAUCGCAUCACCCAAGUUUCAUUUGUUUUCUGGAUAGAGGAUGUGUAGUUGAUAGGUUCGUGUGUUAGAUCAUCAGGAGCAUCAUUUUCUCUGGUUCUGUUGGAGGAGUACAGGAGUAGUGAGGGCGGGGAGGCCACCUGCAGACCAAGACAAGGAGCGCCCGGCUGGUGCCAUCGUGCGUGUCACUUUUGAGUUUCGUCUUAUACAGUUUUUCGAAAUUGGUGAGAAAUUUUUCUUAAAAGUUGUGGAUAUCAUUCCUGUGUGGGUGAAGGGCUGUCCCAGGAGAGGAUGCCGCUGGGCCAGUUAUGAAUGGAAGACUUUAUUUAUUGUCAAGACACAAGUUAAAGUUUUAUUCUUGUUUGAUGGAUAUGUUAAAUUAUAUAUGUAAUAUAUAUAUUUUUAUACGUAUAUGUUCACAUGUGUAUAUAUAUGUAUACAUAUAUAUAUAUAUAGAGACGUAUAUAUAUAUAUAUAUAUAUAUUAUUAUGCUACAACUUUGAUUUGCUUUGUUGUGAAGCUGGAGAUGGUAGCUGGUGUGCUGGUCUCACUCCACCUGUUGGUUCUGCACUUGAAGGAAAAAUUUCUUAUCAGUUUUUGGUGUGCUGUAUGUAAUGGAAUUUUCUAUACUGAAAAAUUUUUAGAAAAAAAAAAAAAUACGUGGUUUGGACAUUUAUUGGCAGAUUGUUGGAGAAAGGAAUGGUGUGGGAUGUCAUAACCUAGCGUGGAAUGUGCUCGCCAUACAGUACUUUGGUGACCCUAUGAGUUCACACACAGUCAGACCAGGUAAGUUGGUGGCCAGAGAGGGAGAAAGGGAGGGAGGGGUCACAGUGGGAGGUGCCUGAUGCAGUCUUACUUGGUGGAGAAUGAGUGGGAGCGUCAAGCUACUGGUGCAGGCUAGAGCACUUCCGCACGUAUCUGUGUUCGUGUCUGUUGCUCCAUGUUGACCAUCCCCGAGUAGGAUAUUACAAUCUGUGUUACCAAACAGUGAACAACUAGAAGCCUUCAUUGUUUGUGUUUUCAAGCCAAUUCACUGCCAUUUUUUGUCGUAUUGUGGUAAAGGAAGAAGUUUAGACAGUCCAGUGUUGGAGCUCUACUGAGUGUGUGUGUGUCUGAGAGGUGUGUAUUGGUUUUGUUGAUUAUGGGCCUAAUUUCUAUAUUGACUUAUGGGGACUUUCUUCCCUGAUUUGUUUGGAUUUGAAGAACUCUGCAUGUGCUUGGUGAGCCUGGUUUGAGCAUUAAGAAGAAUGUAUUUAGUUUCUUGAAGGGAAUUUAUUAUAUUCUUGGCAGGAAGUUUUAUGUUUGGUUAUUUGCAUGUUAGAGCCAGCCAGGUUGGCAGUGGUGGCUCUGGCUCUCACUCCUCCUGCGUUUUGCCCUGCUCUCACUGUCUGGCUGGUCCCCCACUGUGUCUGGCCACCUUCUCACUCUUCAGGACAUUUCAGCAUUACUAAAUUGCUAUUGAGGAUUUUGCAUACUUCAGACUUUUCAUUGUUGAUAGCAUACAUAGAUUACAAAGAAUUUAACACUUUUAUGUUAUUUAUAAUCGUACAGAUCUGAGUUAAAAUGGAUAUUUGUUGUAGGUCUCCUACUUACCACUUAGUCUGUAAAUUCUUGUGAAAGGAAACAAUAGAAAGAACUUACCAUUGCAGAAAUAUUUUUCAAAAUUAAAUACUUUUGUAUUGAGUGAGCAAUGUUUGCCAAGACACUAAGAGAGCAGCCCACUGAACAGCAGCACCACUCCACGGGGGAACCCUGCCCCCCCAUGCUGUCUCAAGGGCUAAAAGUUUAUUAUAUUAUUAUUAUUAUUAUUAUUAUUAUUAUUAUUAUUAUUAUUAUUAUUAUCAAUUUUAUUAUGAAUUUUAUUAUUACUACUACAAUGGUCAAAAGAUUCACACACGCACGAGUGGUCUUAUUCAUUGCAAGAGGUUGUUGGAAGUUGUGUACCAAACAAUAAUUGGUGCUUUGUUUGUCAGUCAGGACUUGGCAAUACAUAGGCUUUGAUUGUAGAUGUUGAUUUUGAUUACCCUUUCCAAGGACUGGGUGUUGCCCAGCUUUCUAACAUUUGACAUAGCAAGGGAAUAUAAUAUUCUGUUGAAUCGUAUUGUUGUAUUUCUCUUUUAAUUUUAUUAUACUUUAUAUUGAACAUAGUAAAAAAGUGUGACAGUGAAGUAUUACUGGACUGUACAUAACUUUUUCCAUGGUGUUCCUGAGAACGAGGACUGUGUGCGUGUGCAUGUGGGUGAGUGUGUGACUGUGUGUGCGUGCGUGCGUGCGUGCGUGUGUGCGUGCGUGCGUGCGUGUGCAUUGUAUGUAUUUAUGCCUGUGUUUGUAAGUGUGUGGGUGGUGUGUGUGUGUGUGUGUGUGUGUGUGUGUGUGUGUGUUGCAGCUUGCAUACACACAUUAGAUGUGUGGGUUGAGCAUACUUGUGUAUGUUAGUACAGUCGUGUGUGUGUGUAUGUAUGUGUGUGUGUAUGUGCAUGCAGUACUUACCUUCUUUGCCGCAGUAAAGUGAGGCCAGAUGUGUAACUGACCAGUAUUUGCAUGUAUUUUGAUACAAAAUUUUUGAAGUUUUGUAUAUUCCUUUGGUUAAAUAGAAGAAAAAUUAUUCCAUCUGCAAUAACAUUGCAUUACAUAUUAAUUGGAAUUUGCAAAUAAUAAUCCUCCAGUAGUUUUGGUUUGGGAAAUUUGUUAACUGUCACCUAUGUACACAAAAACGAGUGUUUGGUUUAAAAGCAAGUGCCAUGUCUUAUCUAAGAUGUGAUUUGGCAUGUUGAUUUUUUACAUGCAUGACCAAAAUUUGUUUGUAUAUAGACUAUUGUCUGAAUUAAAAUUGGAAGUGAAGACAACACAAAA